AUGUCUAGCGACUGGCCACAACCAAGGGCUAGCGAGAGCAUUGCCACUCUCAUCGGAUCUGGUGAAGACAUGACCCUCACAACUUGGGCGAGGGUGGCCCUCGUCAGAUCUGAUGAGGGCUCGACCUUCACUGCUUGGACAAUUUGGGAGAAAAUCCUGAAGAACAGACCAGAAGUGAUCAGAGAAGGAGACGAUAUGGGUUGGACUCCUCUUCAUUAUGUUGCUUUCAGGGGCAACGUCGAAGUAGUUCGACUGCUCCUACAACAAGAUACUUCUACGGCAUAUGACCUGGACAAAAUCGGGCGAUCCGCUCUUCUCCUUGCAGCAUAUAAUGGCCACCUCAAUGUCAUUGACGAGAUUGUUAAAUACUGUCCAGAUGCGUGGGACUCAACAAGCACCAAAGGCCAAACGGUCCUUCAUGCGGCUGUAAACGGUGGAAAAGUGAAUGUCGUCAAGUACAUACUCCGAGUGCCAAAUCUGGAGUAUCUUAUCAAGGAACAAGACACUGAUGGAAACACCGCUCUGCAUUUGGCUGUGCUUCAUAAAAGAUAUAGAAUUAUAGUCAUACUUGCGCAAGACAAGAGAUUGGACCGUUUGACCUCAAAUAAGGAUCACUUGACUGCCUUUGACAUUUUUAAGGCUAACGAUGUGGAUGGCCCCAAUGCCAUCCCCAAUGCUAUAGAAGCUUUUCGGGUGUUGAAAGGAUCUGAGGGAAUGCCGCAUUAUCGUGACUUGAUUCAAGGAAAUGGUAAGAAGUUAGAAAAGCAAUUUGUUGAGGGGCAACCAGCUGUGCCAAUUACCACAGGAGUAAUUCCCGCAGAGGAAGAAGAUUUCAGGUCGAAAAAAGGAAAAUCUGUGGAGGUUCAACAAAUAAUGGCAGUGCUCAUAGCCACAGUCACCUUCACCGCCGUCAUUACGAUGCCCGGAGGUUAUAACAAUGACGGACCCAAUAAGGGGAGGGCGAUUCUUUCGCAAAGCCUCCCUUUCCUACUUUUUGUGACAUUUGACAGUGGAGCGUUCCUUUUCUCAACUGGGGCACUACUUAUGCUAUACUUUGGGCGUUUCUUGAGCGAUCGCCACCACAUGGUGGUCCACAUCACAGACUUAUUCAUUUUCAUUGCUUCAUUCAUGAUGAUGAUCGCCUUUUUCAGUAGUGUGUUUGCUGUAUUGAGCCCCCCGUUCGAAAUUACGCUCUUUAUGGGUCCCCUGUGUGCGUCUCCUACGUUGAUAGCUGCUUAUUUCCAGUGUCGCCGCUUCAUUACUGUCCAACAGGGGCCGCGUCGCUGUCCCUGA